GGCAAUCAUUAUCGCUGGCGGCCCAGGUUCAGUGUACGCCGAGGAUGCUCUGCCGUACGACAAGAAUAUCUUUACAACUGGUAUUCCCGUUUUGGGCAUUGGCUACGGAUUUCAAAUGAUAAACAAUGAUUUUGGCGGCUCGGUAAGGGAAUGCAAAAAAGAACACAAUGACUCUGCCCAGUUGACCAUAACUGUGGACAGUCAAAAUCCUCUCUUUAACAAUUUGGAUUCACAACAGAAAGUUCUACAGGUUACUGGCGUUUCCGUCUCAAAGGUAGCCGACGGCUUUAAAGUUGUAGGAAAAUCAGAAAACGUCAUUUUCGCUAUUGCAAAUGUGGAGAAGAAACUGUACGGUGUACAGUUCUACCCAGAGAAUGACCUCUCUUCAAAAGGAAAAAAAUGCUGA